AUGGAGUGCCUCUUGGGCAUCACUGGCCAAGGCUAUACAAUCAUCGCGUCGGACAACAAUGCCGCGCGGUCGAUCGUGAAGAUGAAAAGCGACGAGGACAAGCAAAAGGUCCUCAGCAAAAACCUGGUCAUGACCUACUCGGGCGAGUCGGGCGACACGAUCCAGUUUGCCGAGUACAUUGAGCGCAACAUGCGCCUCUAUUCGAUCCGAAACAACAUCGACCUGCGCCCAAAGGCGGCCGCAGCGUGGAUCCGCACACAGCUCGCCGAGUCGAUCCGCUCGCGCAAGCCCUACCAGGUGAACCUGCUCCUCGGCGGCUACGACGCGCCAUCCAAGACGCCGGCGCUCUACUGGGUCGACUACCUCGGCACGCAGGUCGAGGUGCCGUUUGCCGCACAGGGCUAUGCGGCGUACCUCACGCUGUCGACCAUGGACCGCUACCACCGCCCGGAUAUGUCGCUCGAAGAGGGCCUGGACCUGCUCAAGCGGUGCAUUGACGAGCUCCGGAAACGUCUCGUGAUCGACGUAGGCACGUUUACCGUGCGCGUCGUCGACGAGCACGGCGUCCGCUCCAUAGACCUCGCGUAG